AUGCCGGCGAGGCUGAGGUCCUCCUCCGCCCCUCCAUCUCCGGGUAUUCUAGGGCGGGAACCCCCUCUUGCUCCCUCCUCUCCCCCGGCCUGGGAUGAUUCCAUAUCUCCACCCAAGGAUGUUCCGCCGGCAAACGAACCUCGCCAGGCCCAGGAAACGGCACCCCCAGCCGGAGUUGCGCCGACUCCCACCUGGAGUCAGCGGCUAGUCUCUUCCACGCGUACCCUGCAGCGUGUGGGAGUUCCGACCACCCAUCAUACGGGGAUUCCACUAGUCACGAUUCCGGAGGAGGCUUUCCAAGAUGCUGCGGAGGAAUGGAAGGAUUUCGUGGUUGGUCAAUUCUAUGGCCUUCCACCAACAGUAGGAAGGCUUGUCGGUUUCACCACCGCGAUCUGGGCUCGAGGGAAAGGUAGAAUCAGGGUGCAUGAGGAUGGAAAUGGCAGAUUCUUAUUCAAACUUCCAACUUUAGCUGCAAAAGAAAUUGCUCUUGGGAGGAAGUUCUGGUUCAUUGGUUCCCUGCCGAUGUUCGUAUCACCAUGGCAUCCAACAUCGACAGCAACGAAGCCAGUGUUGGAUUCAAUACCAACCUGGGUCUCUUUCCGCAAUCUGCCGAGUUCAAUGUUCACGGUGGAAUGCCUAAGUCGGUUGGCUACCUCGGUCGGAAGACCCCUGUAUCCAGACCGUCAAUCGGCAACCAAGAGUAACUUAUCCGUAGCAAGGCUAUUUGUGGAUGUUAAUCUGCUACGACACCCACUUCGAAACAUUGCAGUUAAACUUCCCUCCGGAGAGGAGCAUAUCAUCUCAGUCGCUUAUGACUGGCUUCCCCCUACCUGUUCUUCAUGCUCAGAGAUUGGACAUGACAGUAGACACUGCCCUUACUCGCCUCACCCGCAAAGCUCCCAAGCUCAACUCUCAGAGGAGGCAGACCCUGCUCAGAGAACACAUCAAUCCCCGGUCAGCUCUUCCAAAGUGCCCAAGCAAUCGCAGGAUGGUGAUUUAGGGACACAAACAACAUCCUCCCCGCCAAUCCAGACCCAGUUACCGGUUUCCAUAGCAAAGGAAGAUCCUAAAACGAAAGUAACGAGUGGGGAGAAGAAGGAACAAUGCCAAGAACCAACUAGCCAAUCACAAUCAGACCCCACUUCCCCUGUUAGUUGUACCCCAACGGAGGAGCAACAGAUCCAGAAUGAGGGAUUCAUAACGGUGAAGUCUAGAGGACGUGGACGAGGCCGCAUUUGGAUUGUUUGGAAACCUGACAUAUCUGUCAUCAUCCUAAAUUGCUCAAAGCAAGCUGUCACUUGCCUUAUUCAGAGUCACGAUCAUGACCUUUCCUUGGCUGCUACCUUCAUAUAUGCGUCAAAUUCCUCUACUGAAAGACGCACUCUUUGGCUUAAUCUGGAGACUGUUGCUGUUACCCAACCAAUUCCCUCUUCUCCAUGGCUCAUCUUAGGAGAUUUUAACCAAAUUCUAUCAUCGGCGGAUCGAUCGGAUUAUAUGGUCACUAAUGCCACUUCCCAAGGUUCAUCAGAAUUUCAGAGUUGUGCAGAAACAGCAGGCUUCUCGGACAUCCCAGGCCGAGGAAUGCGGUUCACAUGGUGCAACAAUCAGCCCUCAAAUCCACUCUCGAUCAAGUUAGAUCGAGUGAUGGGGAACCAAGCAUGGCUAGACAAGUUCCCAAAUGCUUUUUCAGAAUUCUUUCCACCGGGGCCAUCGGAUCACUCCCCGGCCAUUGUUCACUUUCCGGAUAGGAUCAAGGUAUUGAAAUCACCCUUCAAGUUCUAUCAUCAUCUCAUCACUUCAUCUAGUUUUGAGCAGGUGAUACAUUCUAAUUGGCAAGCGGGAUUCCUCACGGGCACUCAUCAGUAUCGUUUCUCCAAGGCGCUGAAACUAUUGAAAACACCGUUACGGACGCUGAAUGCGGUUAAUUUUAGCCAGAUUUCAACUAGGGUUAAGGAGACUGGAAAGGAUUUGAAUAUCUUACAGGCUGCAAUUCUGGAAGAACCAUCUUCAUCUCUAAUCACAGAGGAAAGGAAGCUGCGUGAGAAAUGGUUGGAACUCUCACUGGCCGAGGAGAAAUUCUUCAGGCAGAGAUCGCGUAUUAAGUGGCUCAGUCUAGGGGACAAGAAUACUGCAUUCUUCCAUAACAUCACAAAGCUCAGAAACUCUCAUAACCGUAUCUGCUAUCUCGAAGAUGACCUAGGUAACAAGUACACAUCCCCACAGGAGAUUGGUGAUUAUGCUGUUCGUUUUUAUUCAGACCUUAUUGGCAGGAAGGAUCUCACAGUCAGGGUUCCCACUCUAGAUCAGCUCCAGUCAUUGAUAUCUUUUCGUUGCCAACCUGAACUCAGCAGUGGACUUACUGAUAUACCUACUGCAGAGGAGAUACAACAGACGCUUUGGUCAUUUCCUAACAACAAGGCACCCGGCCCCGAUGGUUUUCCAAAAGAAUUCUUUGUCGGAGCAUGGACUACGAUAGGCGAGGAUCUAAUAAGAGCUGUACAGGAGUUCUUCAUCUCUGGGACCUUGCUUGGUCAGAUUAAUACGACAUCUCUAGUCCUCGUUCCGAAGAAAGCUGGAGCAGUGUUCCUCUCAGACUUUAGGCCGAUAAGUUGUUGCAAUACCCUCUACAAGAUUAUAUCUACUAUCUUGGCAAGAAGAUUCAGACCAAUCCUCCAGAAAUUGAUCUCUAGGAACCAAGCUGCUUUCUUGAAAGGCAGACUUAUGGCCGAAAAUGUCCUCCUCGCAGCUGAGAUAAUCCGAGCUAGUGAAAGACAGGGAGCAACACCAACGGCGAUGGUGAAGAUAGAUAUUAAGAAAGCAUUUGACUCCCUUGAUUGGCGGUUGAUUCUUAGGCUUCUCCACACCAUAAACCUGCCCACACGGUUUAUAAGAUGGCUGGAACUCUGUUUCACAACCCCAAAGUUCUUGAUUGCCAUAAAUGGGGAACUUCAUGGGUUUUUUAAGGGUCGGAGAGGGCUUCGCCAAGGAGACCCUCUAUCGCCAUAUUUAUUCAUCCUUUCGAUGGAGCUCUUAUCUCAGUCCUUGAACCAAGCCGUGAGUCUUGGAAGAUUGAACCCACACCAUAGAUGUCGAGAUCCACUCAUCACUCAUCUCACGUUUGCCGACGACGUCAUUGUUUUCUGUAGAGGUAAUCUUGAAUCUGUGAAUGAAGUUUUACUACUACUGACAGAAUUUGGUGUAUCCAGUGGCCUACAGAUUAAUCGAGCAAAGUCAGAACUAAUCCUAGGAGGUGUCUCUGAUAAUGUCAGCCUCGCUAUGUCUUCGGCAACAGGCUUACCGUUGGGCUCCUUACCAGUUAAAUACUUGGGAGUACCGCUAAGUUCAAGGCGCCUAACCAAGAGGGACUUCCAACCACUUCUAGAAAGAAUAAAGAGGUCUCUUUGGUAUGCUUGGAGUGUUAAACACUUACUGAAAAAUGGAUGUUUUUGGGAAUGCAAGCCUUCCGCCAACCAAUCCUGGAACUUCAACAAACUCAUCCACUUGCAGGUGUUAGCAAGAGGAUUCCAUCGGAAGCAGGUGGGCAAUGGAAGCGACACAUGGUUCUGGUAUGAUCAUUGGUUGUCCUUCGGGCCAUUGAUAGCGGUAUCUGGAGGAAGUGGGCCGAGUCUUGCUCAUAUUCCUAAAUCGGCCAAGGUCAUUGAUGCGACAUCUGGAAACCAUUGGAACCUCCCGCCAGCUCGUGGAGCAGGCCUGAAAACUAUACAAGCGACACUCAUCACCACCGACCCUCCUCACCCGGAGAAAGGUGAGGACUUGAAUCUGUGGAGAGACCAUAGAGGGCAGUUCAAAGCUUCCUUCUCCUCCUCUUCCACAUGGAAGCAGCUGAGAACUCCGAAGCAGAAGGUUCUAUGGUAUGAUCUUAUUUGGUUUAAGCUGGCUAUACCUAGAUACUCUGUUGUACAAUGGCAGGCUAUUACACUCCGACUACCAACUAAAGACCGCUUGCGGGGAUGGGGAUUGCAAGUGGACAGCGCAUGUGUUCUUUGUAACGCCGACCAGGAGAGUCAUCCCCAUUUCUUCUUUGCUUGCCCAUUCUCCUCGGCACUCUGGAAGCACUACGCGGCAAGAUGUUGGCCCCUUCCUCCGGAGGACCUGCUUGUUUGCUCACCGUGGAUGAUCAGCCAAAGUGAUAUGUCCCACAACAGCUACCAAAUUGCUCGCCUAAUAGCCCAGGUGAUAGUCUAUGAGGUUUGGCGUGAACGAAAUCUUAGAAUCUUUGAAGGCAGGAGAAGGACGCUGCAUGAGUUGCGGAUCCACAUCGAGCACCUGAUUCGCGACAACAUUCUCUCCACUCAAAAGGGGUGA